GGGGGCCGAGGCGGCGCGAGGCGGCGGCCCAUGGGGCGGGAGGCGUGAGGCCGCGGCCUGCCCGGGGCUCGGGGGGUGGGGGGAGCGGGGCGGGGCGAUGGAUAAACUGACCAUCAUCUCAGGAUGUCUCUUUCUGGCCGCCGAUAUCUUCGCCAUCGCCAGCAUCGCCAACCCGGACUGGAUCAACACCGGCGAGUCGGCGGGAGCACUCACCGUUGGCCUUGUGCGACAGUGUCAAACAAUCCAUGGACGAGACCGGACGUGCAUCCCACCUCGGCUUCCCCCAGAGUGGGUCACCACACUAUUUUUUAUCAUCAUGGGGAUCAUUUCAUUGACUGUCACUUGUGGUUUGCUGGUGGCUUCCCACUGGCGAAGAGAAGCAACAAAAUAUGCCCGAUGGAUAGCAUUCACUGGAAUGAUCCUUUUCUGUAUGGCCGCCCUAAUAUUUCCAAUAGGAUUUUACAUCAAUGAAGUCGGAGGUCAACCUUAUAAAUUACCCAACAACACAGUAGUUGGGUCAUCAUAUGUACUUUUUGUCUUAUCUAUUUUCUUUACAAUAGUUGGACUUUUAUUUGCCGGCAAAGUUUGUUUACCAGGCUGAUGAAUGUCUUAGUUGCUUGACUCUUUUAUUAAUGUUUAUUUUAUUUUUUUAUUUUCGGAAGGUGGGAGGACAAAGGCAAGGCAUCUGAGUCGUCCUCACCUAGGAAUCUACUUAGAUGAAACUGAUGCUGAAAAGACAAAAAUGCUUUGAUUUGUUCUCACUAUGCACUUUGGAUUUAAAAACAAAAAUUAAGGAGAGCCUUUUCCAGAACCAAAUACAGACGAUAUUGACUAAAUCUCCUGAGCAUUUUCAGGCAGUCAGGUCUGCACUGUGAUAGCAACCUAGUGAAAGAGAAUGCUUUAUACUGAGAAGCAUGUGGCCCUUGGUGACUCUUGGUUCAUUUUUAACGUCUAACGAUUCAUUUGAGAGAAAAAGUCUAUAAGUAUUUAUGAGUCAUGACGGACCAGAGGGGUGCAAAGACGAGUUCGUGUGAGGCUGGCCUCACCUCCUAAAGAAAUUAGUAUUAACAGAUUCCUUGUAAUGGUAUGAACCUUUGGCACCAGGAAAGAUUGCCAUUGCAUUACUGUACCAUGAAGCCAAUAGAUCAAAACUUAUUUGCUAAAAAUGUAUGUAAAAAUUCUGAAAUUCCCUAUUCUCUAUGUACAAAAAAAAAAAAAAUCAAACACUAAGAAAACAUG